AAACCUUUAAAAGGCAAGGAAAGAGGUCUUCAAACUCAAGUAGGGAGUCAAACUAAAAAAUGGUAAGAUCUCCCUGCUGCGAAAAGGCUCACACCAACAAAGGAACUUGGACGAAAGAGGAAGAUCAGCGCCUUAUCGCACACAUCAAGGCCCAUGGCGAAGGUCGUUGGCGCUCCCUCCCCAAGGCGGCCGGUCUCCUCCGAUGCGGCAAGAGUUGCCGCCUCCGGUGGAUCAACUAUCUCCGUCCCGACCUCAAGCGCGGUAACUUCACCGAGGAAGAGGAUGCCCUCAUCAUCCAUCUCCACUCUCGCCUAGGCAACAAGUGGUCACUGAUAGCAGGGAGAUUGCCGGGGAGGACCGACAACGAGAUCAAGAACUACUGGAACACACACAUCAAGAGAAAGCUACUAAGCAAGGGAGUGGACCCGAGCACACACCGGCCGAUUGAUGCGACUUGUGAGAAGAGCGAGGAGAAGGGGUGGCGGUCGGAGGAGGCACCGAGGUGUCCUGACCUCAACUUGGAGCUGUGCAUGGGCCUUCCGAGCUUUCAGCAAGAACCUAAGUGCGUCGUGCCGAGCAACACUACAUUAGACUAUAGAAGGAAUCUUCAGAUGAUCAAGUAGUAGAUUUUAAAAAGUGUAUGCGUGUUUUUAUAAAGAGGAAAAAAAUAGAGAAAAUUGUGUUUAGUUUGCAAGAUAAAUAAGUUUGUGAUAAGAGAAGAGAGGGAUGAGAAUUCGCUUUCUCCUCUUUUAUGUUUUCCUUUUUUUUUUGUUGUUACAAUUAUGAGAAGAUAAAGCAAUACAAUUGUCGAUGUUUGGGUAGUCUGCUAAAA